AUGUGUACGGCUGGCAUCAAUGGCGUCGAAUCUUCUUACUUCUUUCUUCCUCCUCUUCCUAUCUGCGAUUCCGGCUACUUCUCCAUGGGACUCACUCUAAAGCUCGCCAACAACGAUCUCCGCCUCGAAGAUUGGCAAGAACUCACCAUCUUUGAUCUCAUCUCCGAUGAAGAACCAAUGGAUUCGAUUUCGAUUCCGAUCCCUAGCUCAGCCCCUAGCUCACCGCUUAAAUCUAAACCAGGGAAUUGCUUCAACAUCAGAGGCUUCGUGAUCAUCGUGGGGUUGUUGCUUGAGAAAGGAGCUGAUGUUAACUCCAGAAACUAUUGUGGCCAUACGGCAUUGAUGCAAGCUUGUAGAUAUGGACAUUGGGAAGUUGUGCAAACUCUUCUUCUCUUUCGUUGCAAUGAUCCUUAUUUUAGGAUGACUUGCGAUGUUGCACCUCUGUUAGGCUAUAGCAAGCCUGCACUGAUUGAGUCAUCAUUUUCCCUGCUCUGCAUUAUCUAA